UCCCCUAGCUCGCUCGCCUAUCCUCUCCAGCUCCCCAGCCACACAGAGAAAGAGCGUCUAAGCUCCAGCUAGCUUGCAAUGGCCGCCGCACUGAGCCUCCGCGCGCCCUUCUCCCUGCGCGCCGUCGCGCCACCGGCGCCCCGCGUGGCCCUCGCGCCCGCGGCCCUCAGCCUCGCCGCCGCCAAGCAGGUGCGGGGAGCCAGGCUCCGCGCGCAGGCGACGUACAAGGUGAAGCUGGUGACGCCCGAGGGCGAGGUGGAGCUGGAGGUCCCCGACGACGUCUACAUCCUCGACCAGGCCGAGGAGGAGGGGAUCGACCUGCCCUACUCUUGCCGCGCCGGCUCCUGCUCCUCCUGCGCCGGCAAGUUGGUGUCCGGCGAGAUCGACCAGUCCGACCAGAGCUUCCUCGACGACGACCAGAUGGAGGCAGGGUGGGUGCUCACCUGCCACGCCUACCCCAAGUCCGACAUCGUCAUCGAGACCCACAAGGAGGAGGAGCUCACCGCAUAAGCUGCCAUACCUAUCUCUCUUUGCAAGAGGAUCGAGCUGAUAUCAUAUUAUCUCCUACAGUAUCAUGCAUGCAUGGACAUCGCCAGAUCGAUACACCGAUUGUUUUGUGCUCGAAUGAAUUGCUCGAUGCAUGGUUUGCUCAAGUAAUAUUGUCUUCGAAUUACUACCUUUUUGUACCGUAAGAUAUACGUACUACUGUCGUAAUACUAGCGUGUACCUUGUACGUAACUCGACGUACUGAAAUGAAUCCUGAUGGCUGAGGCGUCUCUCUGAUUAAUAGUAAUAUCUUCUUUUUAAUUGA